AUGUCUGUCAUAAGCGAACCAGUGCUCAACAUCAUUGUGGUGGGCUUCCACCACAAGAAAGGGUGCCAAGUGGAACACUGUUAUCCGGAAUUAGUACCUGGCCAUCCAUCAGAGUUGCCAGCUGCUUGGCGACAUUUACCUGCCUUAGCCCUUCCAGAUGGUUCCCACAACUAUUUGUCUGACACAAUAUUCUUCAAUCUGCCUGGACUUACAGAACCAGCACACACUGUGUAUGGUGUGUCAUGCUUCAGACAAAUUCCUGUUGAGCAAGUUGUGCAAAAGACUGAGGACAUGACUCGCAGCUCAGUGCAGAAGAGCGUGUGUGUUGUGUGCAGAGCUCCACUGUUUGGCCGCCUCGCUGUCAAACUAGAGCUGGUAGUACGGGCCUGGUUCCUACAAGGAGAUUUCUCACAAACUAAACUUCUAGAAGAUGCAUACAUUCAUCUGAAUAGUUGCCCAGUACAGAUGGAUCAAAUUGUUGAAGGUUUAUCAGUACAGAGAUUAGUAGAAAACUGGAGGCACAAAGCUUUGUUACUGUUUAAGCUAUUGCUAUUGAGGCGCAAAGUUCUUAUCUAUGGCUCCCCAGCCGGGCCGCUGUCUACAGCUUUGUUAACUUUGAUAUCUUUAUUACCACUUUGCUUAGAAAAUGGACUGCACCGUGCAGCAAAUGUUGUGCUUUCUAGGCCAUUGUCUCCUAUUCCUGCUAUACCUAUUGAUAAUAAACUCCAAACAGAACCUGAUACUGCUGAAAUUGCACAAGAACCUCUGGGUCAAUUACAUAAUGGGUCACACCAGAUUGAAGAACUCUCCCCAAAAGAGAGCGGAAAUCUUUUAGAGGAGAAAGAUCGUGUCAGUAGACAAAGUUUUGAUGAAACCCUACUUGGCGAUACAGUGGAUCGUUCAGAGUUGUCAGGAUCUAGAGAAAAGUGUCACAGCAUUGGCGAGAAAUACAAACCUCAGAAAAGUGUGACAGAAGCACAACAAAGCCCUACUAUGGCUAGAGACAUGAGUGUUGAUGGUCUACAUAAUCUCACCGAGCAAGUUGAUCAAACUGAGUGCGGAUUUCCUCUGCCCUUGUUUGAGGAAGGCUAUCUUUGUCUACCUUAUUUAUCUUUGCAGUAUCUCGAUCUGUUAUCUGACCCUGCAGUUCAUGGUUUUGUUGUUGGAGCAUCAAAUGUUCUAUUCAAACAAAAAAGGCAAUUGUUUGAUGUUUUGGUAGAGCUAAAUGAAAUGAGGAUAGAGACCUCUGACAUGAUGCUUCGGAGACAGUUGGCUCUUGGUACUGAAGAUCUUCGAUUUGCUGACCAUGUGGUGCGGCAUGGUCCAACUCAAGGUGAUGCAUGGAUAAGAGAGCAGUUUGCAAGUUACUUAAUUUAUUUACUGAGGACCUCUUUAUUACCAGAAGGCUGUCGAGAGAUAGAUUCCUACAAUUCUCAAUUUAUGACAGCUUUCAAGUCAACUCCUGCCUAUCAACAGUGGCUGAUAUCUACCAAUAAUGGAGAUAUAGAAUCUUUUAUCAAUCUCAUGCCCAUGCAUCCAUUUUCUGGACAACUAUCUGUGGCUGAUAUGAAGUUAAAGUUUGCUCACACAAUGUCUACGACGGAAGGCGGCAGGAAGGUGAGCGCGGCGGUGGCCAGCACCGGGCGCGCCGUGGCCACCACCUCCCGUGCGGUGGGUGGCGCGCUGUCGCAGGCUCGUGGCGCUCUCUCGGGUUGGUGGAGCGCUCUCACAGCGCCCGCGCCACCGGAUGCAGCCGCGGAACACGAGUUGCCGUCAGCGUCCGAGCUGCCUGCAGAGCCAGAGCUCCUUCCAGCAGACGAUCGCACCAACUCGGAUGCAGAGGAGGCGGACACCGAUCUCCAGCAUGACAACAGGACACAGCUGCGACCCGACAGCCCCGACCCGCCCGACAAGUCCAUAGACGACACCACCAUCAAUCUCAAUAAAAUACAGGUCAUAUAG